GUAUCGGUUUUUUCCUGGGUGGUAUUGGUCGUGAUGGUCAUAUUGCCUUCAAUGUUUGUGGUAGUGAUCAUAGGAGUACAACUAGAUUAGCUCAACUUAACUAUCCAACUCAAGCUGCUGCAUCUGCUGAUCUUGGUGGUAUUGAUGCUGUUAAGGCUAAGUGUGCUAUCACUAUUGGUCUUGGUACUAUUACAUAUAACCCUGACUGUGUAUGUAUCCUUAUAGCAGCUGGUGAAGCUAAAGCACCUAUGGUGGCUAAUGGAGUUCAAGAGGAGACUAAUAUUAAAUAUCCUAGCCAUGCUAUUCGUGUAUUACCUAAUGCUGCAUUCUAUGUGACUAAAGGAGCUGCCAAGCUGCUAGUGGAAAGGAAUAUUGUUGAUUUAAAAGAAGCAUCUAAUGUUGGUAUUGAGGAUAUUGAGAAGAUACUUGUUGAUGUAUCUGUAUCAUCACGUAAACGCCUAGUCGAUCUUGAUACAGUUGAUGUGAAUAAGGAUCCUAUGGGAAAGGUUCUUAUGGAUCGUAUGGGAUGGUCUAAAGAGGAUCUCCAUGAUACUU